AUGAUCGAAAUGAUCGAGAGUGAGAUAUUGGAUCAGAGUCCUGGAAUAAGUUGGGAUGAUAUAGCUGGACUCGAAUUUGCUAAGGCAAGUGUGAUGGAGAUUGUUGUUUGGCCCAUGCUUCGCCCAGACAUCUUUACUGGUCUGCGAGGGCCACCCAAAGGGUUGCUUCUGUUUGGGCCUCCAGGAACGGGGAAAACCAUGAUUGGAAAGACGAUUGCUACGGAGUCAGGGGCAACAUUUUUCUCAAUCUCUGCUAGUUCACUCAUGUCAAAAUGGAUAGGGGAGGGAGAGAAAAUGGUUAGGGCCCUAUUUGCUGUUGCGCGUGUCAAUGCUCCUUCGGUGAUCUUCAUAGAUGAAAUCGACUCCUUGCUGUCACAACGAUCAGAAGGAGACUUCGAAGCUUCGAGACGAGUCAAGACAGAGUUUCUGGUACAAAUGGACGGCGUUGCCUGUUCUCAAGAGGAAAGGAUCUUGCUCGUUGGCGCCACGAAUCGUCCACAAGAACUUGAUGAGGCUGCAAGACGUAGGAUGGUGAAACGUCUGUACAUCCCCCUCCCGGACUCGGCAGCUCGUCAACAGUUGGUCACACAUCUCAUGAGGAAUCAAAGUCAUGACCUUUGUGAAAUGGACCUCCAAGAAAUUGCAAACUUGACCAAGGGCUAUUCAGGAGCAGAUGUCAAGGCUCUCUGCACCGAAGCUGCGUUCAAUCAAAGCGUUCGUCCGAUCAACAUUCAAGAUUUCAAGAACGCUUUGAGACAGGUCCGAGCCAGCGUUUCUGACAAGGACAUCUCUAACUACAUAGAGUGGAACCAACAAUACGGUUCGUUCCCGGUAGAAGAUGAGGAAAGUUCUGCUGCCUGA